AUGCCGCCCAUCGACUCAGAGACCCCGGAGGUGAUACUCUCAGAGGCGGAGGUGCAGCAAUGGCUGCAGGGCAUCGCCUGGGAGAAGGACUUGGACGAGCAGCGGGAGCAUCGGCUGCUGCGGGAAGGCCUCUUUUGGCACGACGAGCGCUUGGACGGACUCAGUGAUGAUGACAGGAUGUGGGAGAUCAUCAAGAUGAGCUUUCUGCAAGUGGCCAAGGUCCUGGAUUCCGUGGGCUGCGUGCAGUAUUUCGAGUACUUCCUGGGCCGCGGCAUCAUGGGGGCCAAGCACUUGCGCCUGCUGACUGUGAAGUAUGUGGAGACAAAGAUGCCCAGGAUCAAGGACCCCACGGAGCGUGAGGCCAUUGUGGCUGCAGCCGCCAGGUGCAUGCAGGACGAGGAGAUGCGCUUCUUUGAGGCCAGGUACGGCGACGUGGACCGCCUGGUGCUCGACUGCCAGCACGCUCGCCGCUUUUUGUCGGAGAAGCUGAUCCACGAAAAGUGGAUGAUCGAUCAGUACGAUCUGACCGCGCCUUUGCACCUUGAGACCAGCAGGUUCCACACCAAGUGGGCUGUGCCCGCUGCAGAUAAAGAGUCCUUCCACGAGUUUGAUGAUUGGGUUGCUGCCACCAGCUGCGAUGGCUUCCUCUUUCUUUGGCCAAUUAUUGAAGGAGACCGUGUACCUCCAGUGGUACGAUGUCGACAGCUGCACUCCGCUCCCUGCGUCGACUUUUCCAUCGACUGGGACCGAAUGGAGGCAUUGACCUGCGGUUUGGACGGCAAGGUGAGCUUGUACGACCUGCAGAAAGACUCCGUGAAGACCGAAGUCCGGGACAAUCAACCCAAUCAGCUGCUGCUCUGCGUGGAUUGCGACUUAGAGCUUGGGAAGGCGGCGGUUGGCACGAACUUUGGGUGCAUCAAACUGCUGGACCUCCAGACGAAGCAGUUUCUCAUGUCACUUCUGGGACACAAGGACCACUGCCGGAAAAUUGCGGUGGAGUGGGAUGAGAACAUUGUGGUUUCGUGCUCAUGGGACUCCAAUGUGCAUAUAUAUGACUUACGCAGCCCCAAGCUGGUCCAUUGCCUUGCCGGUCACAACGCCAACUGCUGCGCGCUGCACGUUGACUUCAACAAGCAUGUCGCCAUGUCUUCUGCGAAUGAGUAUCGCUUUCUGAUGUGGGACCUCAGACAGCGGAAAUUGCUUGAGACCUACGAGUCACCAGGCCACAACGUGAAUUGCUUGCACAUGGACCUGGAGACAGGGAAAAUGGCCAGCGGUUCGGAUGAUGGUUUGGUGAAAAUAUGGGACCUGGAAACUGGUGAGUGGGAACGGUCUUUGGAUUGUAUGCAUGACAUGACCCUGGCAUUGGAUGCUGACUGGGAAAGGGGCCGAUUGGUGACCGCUUCUUGGGACUACAACGUGGACUUGUGGGAUCUCAAGACUGGAGAGCACUUGAACCACUUUUUCAAGCCGAGAAGAUGUAUGACUCAGGUUCGGAUGAAGAAGUUGAAGAGCUGA